UGAUGAAAGUACGAUGAAAUGCAUCAUUUUGGACAUGACUGCUGUAACAGCCAUAGACACCAGUGGAAUUGACACAAUAUGUGAACUUAGAAAGAUGUUGGAGAAAAGAUCACUUCAGUUUGUGUUGGCAAAUCCUGUGGGAAAUGUGAUGGAAAAGCUUCACCAAUCCAAUAUCUUGGAGUCUUUUGGAUCACUCUAUCUAACGGUUGGCGAAGCAGUGACUGACAUAUCAUCAUCACUAUGGAAGGCUCAACCAUGAAUGAAAUGAGAAAAGGAGACAUAGCUUCAAAGAAAGGAUAUAUAUCAUCACUUAUCUUAUUCCUUAGCAUAGCACUAUUACUUCCUAGUCUAGGUUGAUCAGUUAUUAGUUAAAAGGAGAGGAGAUAAGGGGAAUUUUCCAUUGUUUUCUAUUUGCGAAAAGUUUAACGCAACAGGAUAAGUAAGUUAUUGUUUUUGGAGACGGCAGUGCUAACCUCUUCCUAGGGAGGAUUUUGAAAUAUUUUGAAGAUGACAAAUUUGGAUGUGUUGGGACUUCCUAAUUCAACUUGAUUUGUGAUUUCUUAUUUGUCAUCGACACAACAGGAAA